AUGUGUGAAGUUGAUAUAAAUAAAUUUGCUGAUGAAGAUGCUGAACUAGCUGAUGCCAGAUUGUAUAGAGAAAUAGUUGGCAGUUUAAUAUAUAUUAUGACAGCAACUAGACUUGAUCUCAGUUAUAUAGUAAAUAAGUUGUCACAGUACAUGGCAAAACCUACUCUUACUCAUUUAACCAUGGCAAAGCAUGGUACUCUUACACUUGCUAGCAAUCCUGUACGGCAUCAGAGGUCCAAGCACAUCGAUAUGAAAUAUCAUUUUAUAAGAUCAGAAGUACAGAAUGGUGGUGUAAAACUUGAGUAUGUUCCAUCAGAACAGAACGUGUCUGGUGUAUUUACAAAGACAGUGGCUAGAAUUAAGUUCAGAGCUUUUUCCAGUGCUUAA